AAUAACAUUUUAAAGAGGAACUUUAGAGAAUCUCUGCCGUCCGAUCCCCAUGUCGGUAUGACUGAUAAACAGGUUACAGUUAUGGUAGUUAACGUGUCAAGUUUAGGUACGCAUACAUAUACACUGAUUUGAGCCUCAAUGAUAGGCAUAGAAGAAAAGGGAAAAUUGCUUUGCUUCAUAGGUCUACAAGUUAUGCAGGUGCUUCAUCUUCAACCCAUUAAUGGGUUAUGGAUAAAGUACCCAAAAAUAAACCCCUUUUCUCAAAGAAGAAGACAACAGAAACUUUGCAAAAGCUUCUGCAUGCAAAUGUCUAGAACCCAGAGAAUAAUGGAGAAUAUUUCAGUGAGUGGUGAAGUUGGUGGUGCUGGUGGGGCGUACUCUUAUGCUGCUUUGAAGAGGUUGGACCAACUCUGGUCUACCUUAUGCUCUGCUCAAACAGUUGUGCAAGAACCCCAGAAAGUGGUUUCCACUAUUCCUGGUCUUUUUAGCCAGUCUGAUUUAGCUGAGAAGGAGGUUGAUAAAUUUGAUGUCAUAGUUUGUGGAGGAACAUUGGGUAUUUUCAUUGCCACAGCCUUGAGUUCCAGAGGUCUUCGAGUAGGCAUUGUGGAAAAGAAUAUACUAAAGGGGAGGGAACAAGAAUGGAAUAUCUCAAGGAAAGAGCUCUUGGAACUUGUAGAAGUUGGAAUUCUUCUAGAAGAUGACAUUGAAGAAAUUACAGCUGCAAAAUUUAAUCCUAACAGAUGUGGAUUUGAAGAGAAGGGCGAUAUCUGGGUUAAAGACAUCCUUAAUCUCGGUAUUUCACCAGCUAAACUUAUAGAGAUUAUGAAAAAUCGUUUUACUUCAAUGGGUGGAGUCAUAUUUGAAGGUUGUAGUUUGUCCAGCAUUCGCAUAUAUGAUGACACAGCAGUCGCUUUCCUAGUUGAGGGGAAAAUUCUGUCGUCUCGCCUUAUCAUUGAUGCAAUGGGGAACUUUUCACCUGUGGUAAAACAGAUAAGGAGUGGGAGGAAGCCUGAUGGUGUUUGCCUUGUUGUGGGGUCUUGUGCUCGUGGUUUUAGCAACAAUUCAACCAGUGAUGUCAUAUAUAGCAGUUCAUUUGUAAAGAAAGUCGGAUCGUCAGAAGUACAAUUGUUUUGGGAGGCUUUUCCAGCUGGUUCAGGUCCUGUGGAUCGUACUACUUACAUGUUUACCUAUGUGGAUCCUCAGCCUGGAUCUCCAAAGCUGGAAGAAUUAUUAGAAGAAUACUGGGAAUUGAUGCAGGAUUAUCAGGGAGUUUCUCUUGAUGACCUGGAGUUACAGAGGGUUAUAUAUGGCAUUUUCCCAACUUUUCGAGACAGUCCGCUGCCAGCAGCUUUUAACCGAGUUUUACAGUUUGGUGAUGCUAGUGGUAUACAAUCACCUGUUUCAUUUGGUGGUUUUGGGAGCUUGACAAGGCACCUUGGAAGACUGUCUACUGGAAUAUAUGAAGCAAUCAAUGAUGAUUUUCUCGACUCAUACAAUUUGUCCUUGUUGAACCCAUACAUGCCCAACUUAAGUGCUUCAUGGUUGUUCCAAAGAGCAAUGUCAGCAAAGCAGCAGUCUAAUGUUCAACCAGAUUUUAUUAAUGAUCUACUUCAUGUAAACUUUCAGAGUAUGCAGAGGCUGGGGGAUCCUGUGCUUAGGCCAUUUCUUCAGGAUGUUGUACAAUUUGGGCCUCUUGCCAAGACACUUGGACUAGUUAUGUUAACCAAACCUCAAAUUCUUCCAUCUAUAUUCCAGCAGGUUGGUGUUCCUGUACUUCUUGACUGGUCUCGGCAUUUUGCCAUGUUAGGUUGCUAUACGUUUCUGUCUACCUUUAUUGAACCAGUAAUAAGGCCAUGGUUAAGUGGAUUUCCAACCCAGAAGAAGUAUGAAUGGAAGCGGCGUUUUGAGGCUUGGAAAUAUGGAGCUGGUUUGGAUUACAAGCUAUGAAGGACUAUUGAAGAUGGCAUAGACAAGAAUAGAGAAGUUGAGAUGGUGACCAGCUGCUCCUGAAUAUUAGUUUUUCCAAUAACUUGAACAAUAGGCAUAUUCAUUAUUUAUUUUUUUUCAAAGGGUGGUUCCUCAAGAAAUAUUUAUCAAAUAUUUGCAGUAUUAAACCAUAAGAUUAUUUAUGCAUUCUGUUUUGGACAAGCAUAUAUAUAUAAACACUGUAGAAACAUGUUUUCCUCUCUA